CCCUAGAGCUCACUGGUACACCUGCUUUUCAGGUGUGAACACACGUUUGCUGAAGGAUUGUCUUGAUUUGUGACUCAACCUCAUGAGACCUGCAGCAUCAUGCGAUCAGGCUACAUUUUCUUGCUGCUUUACCUCGUGUGUGUUUGCUUUGGAUCAUCAAGUCAACAAGGAGACGCAACCUGCGACUUAACCGGCCGAAAACAAGACACGGCGUCAUGCUUCCUCCAAUGUGUGGGCCUGCCUGCUUCAGACACCGGAAGAGAUCACAUGCGGAACCUGAAAGCAAUGCUGGAAGCAGCGAUGGACUUGUACACCUUUAUGAGGUCCAGUGCAAGUGAUGCACACAUCUCCCUUGAGGGCGUCCUCUUUUUGGACCCUUACGCAGAGCCUCUCCACAAUGAAGCCCUGGUACAAAUGUGGAUGGAGGUCAAGAUGAGACCACUGUUGAAGUCCAUCAGCAGACACGUCCUCGCCUGCCUCAGCACCAACAACUUUAGUUGCUCCACUUACCAAACCAUGGUGAAGGAGUUCAGCCAUCAUUUCUCGGAGAUGAUUCCUGCCAGGCAAAAAUGGAUCUACUCGUUCUUCAUGUAUCCCUUCCUAUCAAGACAUGGAGUCGAUGGUUGCGUGGAUCCAAACGAGAGCAGUGAACAAUGGCUGAUGAAAAAUUUCGGUGCCUUCAGUGUCAUGGCUCGAAUAUACGACUUACCUGCGCUCAACAUGGGUUUCAGCGGCCUGGAAGUUCUUCACCUGCUCUCUCCAGAGCAGAAGGCAGAGCUACUUAUGCAACCUUGGGUGGCGGGUUUGACCAACGACUCCAUCUACCUGGUUUUCGAAAGUUUAAUGAUGGACACCUAUCAUUCUGGAGGAAACCGCAACAUGACAGAGCAUGAAAAUCCCCAAAACCCAAACAAUGCAUAUUUACCUGCAUCCUCCCACAACACCCUGAUAGAGGCCUUCCGAGGCGUCACAAUGGCUGCAAAACCCAUUAGCAGUUUACUUCAUAACUUCAUCGCCCUCACUAAACAGAACCCUGGGUCGAAAAUGAGCAGCAGCUCGCUGAUACAGAUGUUGCUCAACUGGAUUCUGGCGACGAUAGCAAGUCACUACACAACCACAACACCACACGUCACCCAGGAGGCUCCAAAAUUGGACGAGAUGAAGGACUGGUACAAACGUGCCGUCCUGCCCGUUCUGAAGAGGUUCUCUGACAAUGAGAUAUACCUAAUGAGUGACAGACUCAUGCUAGUAUUCUACCAUAUCUUCGAAUUCGAUCACAACAUGGACGGUGGAAUGUACGACAUCCAGGAUAUUUGCAGCGUGACUCUUGAUGGCAACCCAUGCGGGUUGACUAAUGUGGUGCGAGACGUGGCACACAUCAUGCACUGUGCUGCCAAAACACACAUGACUAUGUCCGAGGAGAACAUCAUGAGACUGAUUUUGGGGCUGACGGAACGUCUCAGCUUACUGAUAGAAGAGUUUGCCACAGCUAACUUCACAGAGGUGGCGUCUGACUUCCACGAGAUUUUCAGCGAGGCUGAUUCCCCAAGUCUCACUCAAGAAAACCUACAAGACCCAAAAUUCAUCACCAUGUGGUUCUAUAUCAAACUGGCGCCCCUUCUUCCCUACGUACCCAUCGACUUGCUCUCCUGUUUGAGCUCCAAAAACUUCUCCUGUCCAGCCUACCAAACCCUUGUUGCUCUCCUCAGCAAACACAUGAACUACUGGCAUCACUAUCCAAGCUACUGGGAUUCUUAUUAUGGCUAUGGAGAUCCCUAUUAUGGCUACGGGAAUCCUUAUUAUGGCUACGGGGAUCCCUAUUAUGGCUACGGGGGUCCCUAUUAUGGCUACGGGGGUCCCCAUUAUGGCUACGGGGGUCCCCAUUAUGGCUAUGGGGAUCCCUAUUAUGGCUACGGGGAUUCCUAUUAUGGCUACGGGGGUCCCCAUUAUGGCUACGGGGGUCCCUAUUAUGGCUACGGGGAUCCCUAUUAUGGCUACGGGGAUCCCUAUUAUGGCUACGGGGGUCCCUAUUAUGGCUACGGGGAUCCCUAUUAUGGCUACGGGGGUCCCUAUUAUGGCUACGGGGGUCCCUAUUAUGGCUACGGGGGUCCCUAUUACGGCUACUGGGAUCCCUAUUAUGGCUACUGGCAUCCCUAUUGGAUGUAUCAGGAAACCAUCUACACACACUUCAUCCACACCUUCCUGUGGCGUCAAGACAUGUCUGACAUGUGUUUCUCAGCUAACAACAGCCAACAAUGGCUGCAGAAGAAUUUCGGUGCCUUCUCGCAGGUGGCAAACAUUACCGACUUCUACGACCUCAACCCGUACUUCUCUGGCCUGGAGGCUCUGGACCUGUUGUCCCCGAGACAGACGGCCCAGCUGAUGCUGCUACCUCUCCCAACUCCGCCCGAGAAGGACGAGAUCGUCAGGGAGGUGUUUGACUUCUUGCUGGAAGACCCCAAGGGGAGGAGACUUACAGAAGUUCUACAUCAAGUGGUUUGGCUGCUAACGCAGCUCAACGUUAGCUGUGCAGUCUACAAUCCCAUUUUUGAACAACUCCCAAAUGCUAUCGUGUCGGUGCCUCCUUACAUGGAGUCUUCAAUUCGGCAGAUCCUAGAACAUUUAUUACACUUUACGCCAGAAGAGUGCGUUCCCGACAACAUCAAUUGCUUGAGAAUCCAGGUCAAUGCCACAGAUGUCUGCAAGGGAUUCAACAGCUCCUACCUUGAUUUGGCGCUGAGCACAUAUUCAUACGUCCCUUGCUACUACAGCUUAGAGGAAUACGCGUGUGCCCAGCUGGAGAACUUCACAGCCUAUCAGCUGGCGUCUCUCCUAUCGUGUUAUCUGCCCGGCCAAAGCAAACAUUCCGUCGUGCUAUGGAAGGUCCUGUUUAUGAAGCUUUCUGACAUCUUGGAUCCAGCUUUAGACAUCUUGGCCGGCAUGUCCGAUAAAGCGUACUUGCCAUCAGCAUCGGCGAUUUUGGACGUGCUCGGGGAUCUCCGUGUGUCGCUGCUGAGCGAGGAAGAGCUGAAGAAUACCAGCGUCAUCGCCAAGUGGUUCUCGGAACGGUUGAAAGUCUUCCUGCCCUCAGCGUCCAGCAAUUUCCUGCGCUGUCUUAGCAACAAGAAUUUCAGCUGUCAAUCAUACCAGCAAAUCUUGGAGGUCUUCAAGCAACUCUAUUCCUACAUCCCUCAAUAUCAGCGAUCCAUGAUCUUGCAUGAAUUCAUCUUUAGUUUCCUGUCUCGUCCAGUCUCAGGCCCAGGCUGUGUACUGGGAUUCAACAACAGCGCGGACUGGCUGAUGGCAAACUUGGGUCCAUUUUCCGAGCUUUUGACCUUCGAGAUGAUUUUGCAGCUCAACCCGGAUUUCAAUCCUCUGGAAGCCCUGUCUGUUCUGUCUACAUAUCGACUGGUGGAGCUCCUCUUCAGUCCCAGUUUCCCGGAGACGGAAGUCAUCAUCAACGCGCUGUUCGAUCACCUAACCGCGUCGCCUGAGGAGAGUUUAAGAAUCCCAGAAUUCCUUCAGAUCCUUACUUACAAACUUCGACCGUAUUACAAUAGAAACUUUUCAUGUUCCUCAUACCAAGCACUUUUCACAAGACUUGACUUGGCCGUGGUCAGCGUUCCCCUCCACGUGGCGUCGUCCAUCCUUUCCAUUAGGCUGGAGCUGGCCAUGUACCUUCCACCUGGUUGCAACAUAUUCAGAGGAGAGUGCACUGUCACCCCAAUCAAUGCUACAGAGAUAUGCAUGGGAGUAAACAGCACAGCACUCCAGCACUUACUGGACAACGGCACACAAGCAGGACGUUUCUGCGAUUUCGCCGUGGAGCAAGUUGCAUGUGCAUCGCUGACGGCACUGACAGCUGAGGAUCUUGCCGCUAUCUUUUCGUGCGACCGCUCGGCUGACACCAGCAGCACUUUACCCGUCUGGAAGCUCCUCGUCAGCAAAUCCUCUCACUUGCUGACCCAAUCUCUGGACAUUCUUGCCAACAUGAUGUAUAUUCCGUGGAAUCCUGCAGCCUCUGUGAUUUUGGACGCUAUCCGAGAAGUCCGAUUGGACGCCUUCUCCGAAGACUACGUCAACGAUCCCAAUUUGAUCCAACUCUGGUUCAAUCACAGGCUUCGUCCAUUCCUCCACGCUGUCUCACCAGAGUUCUUGUCAUGUCUGACCACCAAAGAUUUGAAUUGCACCAGCUUCCAACACAUCGUGCAAUCUCUGAGUCACGUCCAGCCAAACAUGAGCCUCGCUGUUCAGACGUCAGUUUUUACACGCUUCAUCAGGAUCUUUCUGACAAGCAACAGUACAGAUAAUCCCGGCUGCAUCACGCACAGUGACAACAGCAGCGAAUGGUUGCAGUUGAACUUGGGCGCCUUCUCCCAUCUGGUGCAAUUCAGUGAACUCCUGAUGCUUCACUCCAACUUCUCAGCUUUUGAGGCCUUACCGUUAUUGACGGUGAGACAGCUGGCUGACCUGUCCUCCACCCCGGGUAUUCUCAACAGCUCUGCCCAGGUUGCCAUGGUUAUGCAGCAUGUGCCCGACCAGUUUCUAGACGACUUCUUCGACGACUUCUCCCCAGUUGCCUUGAAUCAUGACUAUCCCACCGCGGUUAGGUCAGCCAUGUUAGAUGUCGUGUUCGAUCGCGCUGGUCUCUCCGAACCGUCUGUCAGUGACUCUGUGGCAUCAACAUGGGUCCAAAGGCGAAUGCCCCCUCUGCUGAUACAACUGUCUCCACGUCAUGUUUCGCCCUUUUUCGAAAUACUGGCGGGAAAGAACUGCAGCGUCGAGCAGCAAGGAGUUGAAGUCCUCAAUUCCACUAUCUCAAGUCUCAGUGAAGUUACACAGGAUGAAAUACACGACCACAUCAUUCAGGCCCUGGAAGGACCAGACCCUCUUCGCUGCUACAUCAACAACCAAAGUUACCUCCGCUUCCUGGAAUUUUCAUUCAUGGGCUUCCGGCUACCCAACCUGACAACCUUCGUGUCACUUAUUCCUUCGGGCAGACUAAGAGAGUUGGUGAACACCAUAGCUUCACCAGAGCUUGGCAUCUAUCUCAGCCAGCUGGACAAUAAUGACACAGGCGAACUUUGCCUCAUCUUCAGCAACUUCAACCAGACACCCAUGUUCUUGGAGGAGGUAUCACUUCCAGCAAACAUUCGGAGGCCGACCUUACCUUGUGUCUGGCCAAUUGCACUUGGAAGCUCCACCAGGUCAGAGGUCCGAGCCUGGUUUGACCGACGUCUCGUCAACUACUUGAAUUUCCUCACGAGGGAUCUCAUUAAAAACGUCACGACGUAUAACACCUCUUGCCUAGCCUUUCAAAAGUUCGUCUCGGUUCUUGGCACCUUCAACUACUCUGAUGUGGACUUUGUGAGACGAGAUGUGUACGAUACAAUCUUGAUAUACCUCAUAUCAGCGUCGGAGCCGAUAUGUUAUGACCCAAGUGAUCCAGAGCUCAACUCAACUGCGUGGUUCGCUGAAUACCUUGGAUCUUUCAUUGAAUUCAUCACUUUGAGAGAUCUUCGUACAUUGGGAUCCACAGAGGUUCUCCAGGUUUUCACUGUGGACCACCAGAACAUUGCCAUCUUCAACCAAACUGACCUACCUGUCAACGUCAGCAGAUUCUACACAGAGCUGUUGUAUAGGCAGGACAGCAACUUCAACCCCUUGUUCCUUCCUCUGCUGUUUCGCUGCUUCGCGCCAGGGAUGGCGUUUAUGCAGUUGUCGCCUGAUGAAAGCAUGACGGUUUUGUACAACCUGACCAAUCUGUGCACUGACCUGGAUCCACAGGUGAGUGCCGCUUUGGCAGGUAACUUUGGUGACGAGAUUGACGCCGCAACCAUUAUGGCCCUCGGCCAAGAAAGCAGCGGUAUCUCGGUGGGCCAGAUAAAGAUGAUCGACCCCAAGGAUCUAUUUGCGGCACUGGCCAUCCUGGGAAAUGUGCCGGUCUGGCGCAGAGGGCAGGCUAGGUCCAUUAUUGCGGCUUUGUCAUCCUCGGGGAUCAUGGAGAUCAACAACGCAAGGUCGCUGUUGGAUGUGGGCACACUCAGCGUAGGCUUGCCCGCGAAUAUUAUCAGCAACAUCAGUGGAUCCGAGCUUAUCACGGCCGCCGAGGACCCGACGUUCCUGACGCACUUCACGAAUGCCCCACAGGUCAUCUUGCGGGCAUUUGUGUGGCAGAUCAUCUCAGUAAACAGCGAGAGCAACGUGAUUGUUGAGAACGUUCCAGAUCAAUUGGCAACAGGGAUACCUGGUUCCAGACUUUUGAGCUUUAGCCCAGAUGAGGCUGUUCUGAUGAACAUCAACAGGAAGACAUGGAACCAUGAUCAGGCCGAUUUGUUCUUUGAAGUUAUCGCAGAUGAAUCGGCGACAUUGCUGCUGGGAGGUGUAGACAAUUUGACGUCGUCUGUGCUAAUCGGCUUCACUUGCACUUCAGUGAGGAACCUGAAACGAUCACAGGUCAGCCAACUGAUCCGGGCGUGCCGGAGGUCGGGUGAGAACAGGGUCGAUCUGGUGGAAACUCAGCUAACCUGUAUGUACAACAUAAUAAGAAAUGGGUCAAACAUUACCAACUUUGGGCUUUACCCACGAGAUGUGCUGCUAUAUUACAAUUAUUCGAUGGUGCCGCCAGAUAGAUGCAGGUCUUACUUCCAGGAGCUGGCAGAAGCCAACUUUUUCGUCUUUUCUCCUGUGCUCGCUGGCAUACCGAGCGUUCUCUUCGAAAAUGCUAGGAGUUGCUUGGGUAUUACCAGCACAAAAUUGACUGAGGACAAUAUAUCUGUGCUUGGAAAUAUGUGUUGCACUUUGAACGGCACCUACAUCAGUGACUCAGACGAAUCCAUCCUGGGGAUACUUCAGAACUGUGCGGAGCUCAGUCCAUCCCAAGUUGCUGGGGUGGAAGCUCUCCUGCAGAGUGGCAACACAACAUUUGGCCCGACAUCAAAUUGGACUAUAACAACUUUGAAGGACCUUGGAAUGUUAACUCUUUUUAUGACGUCUAGCUUCUACGACAACUUUGACCGGGAAACAAAGCGAAGUUUCUUGAAGGACUUUUUGGGAGUUCUCAGGGAAAAACGCGUGGACAGACAAAGGCGGAAGCGCAUGAAGAGAGAAAUCAGGACGUCCAUUCGUAACAUAGUCAAGCGAUCACUAGCCAACGAGUGUACAGUAGGAUUCAUUACAGCCGUGACCAUCAGCGACGAGACCUUCCCUUUCGACUAUGAUGACAUCGAUCAAUUCGACUGCUGCCUCAAUGCCACUGUCGUUCGCGACAACUUGGACGCCAUCACGGAGAAGGUGGACGAGGAUGAUUACCUCAAGAUCGUGCUCAGGAAAUUGCGAGAGGUGUAUGCAAACCACUCGGGAAUCCCGGAGGAUCAGGUUGAACUUUUGGGACCGGCUUCUCGGCAAGCCACGAGUGAGGACAUCGACUUGUGGAACAUCACUAGGUUGGACACGCUGGCCGCGCUUAUGGAUUCGUCCAACGGAGACUGGGACCCAACCUUGGCUAAGCAAAUCAUCAACAAAUAUCUGAAUCACGACGGAAACACGCUCGGCACUGCGGAGCUUAACGCCAUCGGAGGAGAGAACCUGUGUUCCCUAGACGUGGAUGUCCUUCAAAACAUUACAGCACAAAGUCUUAGGGAUGCGAAUGCCUUGAAUGUGUCAGUCUGCACCCUGGAGAAAAAGCAAGUUCUCUUCGAAAUAUCUGCAGAAGCUUUUGCGCGAGUCACUCGCUCAACCAUCCCCGCAGACGAGUACCAGCUCAGGGAGCCGUAUCUUGGUGGCGCGUCGCUGAGUUACGUUAAAAAUCUGGCGGACUCUUCCAUCAACAUGAACCCAGAAACCUUUAUUUCGCUGCCUCGAAGCGUUGUUCUGAAUUUGACUGUACCUGAAGUUGGUGGGCUUUUAGGCAUGCACGUGUCAGACUUGAAAUUGUACGAAAACCAAACCUUGGUGCAAGAAUGGACCGGACUGCAGAGGCAGUCUGAUCUUGACAUGUUGGGAGUCGGGCUAGAGGGAGGCCGAGCUGACCCCACAGCCACCCCCAAUAGUACGCCAACAGGACCGACAAACGCCCCCGGAGGUGCGACAAACGCCCCCGGAGGCGCGACAAACGCCCCCGGAGGCGCGACAAACGCUCCCGGAGGCGCGACAAACGCCCCCGGAGGACCGACAAACGCCCCCACAGGCGCGACAAACGCCCCCGGAGGUGCGACAAACGCUCCCGGAGGCGCGACAAACGCCCCCUCUGGCUCCAACUCGACAACAUCGAAACCACACAGCAGUGGUCCUCAUUUGAAACCAGAGGUCACCACGCUUUUCCUACUCGUCCUCAGCCUCCUCAUCACAUUUUUUGAUUGACAUGAACGGGUUGUACAUUGAAAAAUAUACGUAAGGGUUAAGUAAUCAACAUAACCCUUUGAUUCUCAACCGAUGAUCAUCAGGUGUGCUGCGGGAUAGCGCCAAAUUUCACAUAAUUUUAACUACUAAAAAAGUAUCUUUAUCCAUGACAGCAACAUAUUGUUAGGGUUUGUUUUCUCCUAGUGUGCCUUGUCCCCGUGAUUACCCAUUGAUUUCACCUGUUGUGGCCUGCUCCUUAUGUCACCCACCCGUCUCGUUAUCCCACGUAUUUAAGUUACCCAUGUGCUGUGUAUAUUUGCCCUCGUGUUCAAAUUCCUCUAAAAAAGUAAAUUUUGAUACCUUUUCGUUGGAUCCCCUGGUCUUUUGUUGUAAACUUUGUAUUUUUGUUAGCUGUUAUUAAAGCAUUCUGAGUUCCCACA